AAUAUAAAAUGCAUUUCACGCCUUUUACCCUACAAACACUUCUUGAUAACGUGUCAUUAGAAGACACUCAACAGGCGUCGUCCCAAAACACUGUUACUGGUUUACUUGGGUGGGGUAACAAAGAUAAUAGAAAUAAUGCCAGUUCACGUCUGGGAUGGGGAAAUAAAGAAAAUAAAGUCACGGUUGAAUCAGUGGAAGCUUGGGAAAAUAAUCUAUACGUAGGAACCUCAGAUGGACAUAUUAUUCACUAUUUUCUUGACGAUCAAAUAUCUUCUGAAAAUAGUAUACCCAACAAUUUUCAAGUGUCAAAGUUAUUUCUUGGUUUUGGUAAAAGGAUUGUUGAACGAAUAAUGCUUUUUCCGCAAAUCUGUGUGGCUAUCAUUUUGUAUUCUACGUUAUCCGCUUAUGCUCUUCCGAACAUGGAUCCGAUGCCUCUAUCAGAUUUUCCUUAUAUUAAAGGAGUAACUUGUUUCUGCCACGAUAUAUCAAUGGAGGGUAAAACCGAAAACGAUGGUUCUGUCAGAAUUUGUGCGAUAAAAAAAAGAAACAUACAUAUUUUUUCCAUCGGAAGCGGAUGGACAGAAGAGACGACCAUUGCGUUACCGGAUGGAGCAAUGACUGCUUGUCAAUAUGGUCCUUAUAUGUGUAUCGCGGACCACCAAUGGUAUAAGUUGAUUAAUUUGAAGGAAAAAAGAUUGGAAAAUGUUAUGCAAUACAAUGAUCGUAACUCAGCGAUGGGAAACGAAAUGUUUAAACCAAUCAUUACAAUUAUUGGGGAUUCGGAGUUCUUAUUAGCUUUACCCGCCAAUAGACAAUUUAUUUCUUUCCGAUUGGAGCCGGGACGUGGGAUGUGGGAGCCUGUACGUGGAACUUUGCAAUGGCAAAGCCUCCCAAGGGCCAUUGGAGUUGAAUUACCGUAUGUCGUAGCAUUACUACGUAACAAUCAAGUGGAGGUUCAUAAUAUUAUGGAUCAACAACUUGUACAAAGUUUUCAGCUCCCAUCAAAAUUCAGGACAAUUUCAACUGGUCCAGGAAUUAAAGUAAGGGUGGCGGGAUUGAUGGAAAGGCUAAAGUUGGAAAAUUUAUUUUCGGUCGCGUACGAUGACAACUCCACACCACCAGAUGAAUUCAAAAUAGGACAGGAUAAUUUUUUACCCACGGUUCCCACACGACUCAUUCUUGCUGGCAGUGAGUUUGUGAUGGCUUUAGCGACAACACCUAUUACUGUUCAAGUUGACGCGAUGUUGGAUGCAAAUCGUGUUGAAGAGGCUUUAGAGUUGGCUGAGCAGGCAAUACGUACUGCAACACCUGAAAAUGUUCACAGUGAAAGAAUGGCAAGCAUCUUUUUAUUCAUUCGUCACGAAUUCAAUUACAUUCAUCAAAAAUCGGGAUUUUUGUAUCUUGGCGAAACCUUAUUCGAUCUAUCGUACACAUUAUUUGAAAAAGGGAAAACAGAUCCUCGCAUCUUGAUUCAAUUUUUUCCCGAGAUGAAACACCUUGUCAACGAAGACAAACCCGUGAACAUAUACUCUGGAGUAAAAUCAGUCGCCAGUCGACUGGGAAGUAUCGAUGACAUAAUAUCGGUUAGUAUAAUAAAGAAUUACGAUCCUCACAUUAAACCAGACAUCGAAACAUCUCCAGCCACACAAAAACUUCGUCAAGUCCUUACUACAAAUGCAAAAGAAAUGUUACAAAAGUUUUUGACGUUGGACCGAGAACAGCGAAAAUCGUCAGGAAAAGUCUUGACCGAGGAAGAUAAAAUCAUUUUAAAGGCAGUCGAUAAUUCAUUAGUUCAUUUGUACGCAGAAUCCAAUUUAGACAAUUUGCUGAGGAGUUUAUUGGAGGGUGAAAAUGAAUGUGAUUUGGAUCUGUGUAGAAAGAUAUUGGAAGAACAUAAGAAACUUUACCCCUUAUCGCUGCUUCAUAUACAAAAGAAGGAGUAUCGAAAAGCUCUGGAAAUUUGGAAAACUCUUAUUGAUCAAGAAAAUUCGGAACAGGGUUUCACUGAUGGAUUACAAAAAAUGGUUAAUUUACUAGCAAAAUUAAGAGAUCAAGAAUUGGUUUUGGAAUAUGCAAGUUGGGUUAUUCGUAAAAACGAUAUAAUAGGAGCAAAGAUAUUUACUCAACAAGAUUCGAAGAAGCCUAUUUCCAUUGAACCGAACGUAAUACUAAAAGAGUUACGAUCAGUUGGAAAAAAAGGACUGAAGGUUUAUCUCGAGUACUUGAUUAUCUCGCGUAAAAGCCAGGAGAAGGAACACCACACCGAGUACGCAUUAUUAUGUAUACAAGAUAUUCAGGCGGAAAUACUUCAACAAGAAAUACGAUCAAAAUUCGAAGCACUGACGGAUUCUUUUAUUAAACGUAAAGGAGCCGGACAAACAUAUCUCACAUUUUUAAUGAAUCAAUCGGACGAUACGUUUUCACAGUCACGCGUAAAGUUAAUAAUUUUCCUGCAAUCAUCAACACAUUAUAACGCCGAAGAAGUUCUGGCUAAACUAAACGAAAUCAAAAUACUGAAGGCAGAAUUAGCCAUUGCCUACGGAAAGCUAGGAGAACACGAAAUCGCAUUACAAAUAUUGAUAAAUGACUUGAAGGAUUAUCGUGGUGCCGAAAUAUAUUGCCUUCACGCUGGUCGCGUGAUUGGUAUUGUAAAUAAGAGUGCGCCUAAAAAGCAUUUCGAUAAGAAGAUAAGCGAGGAGAAAAGUCUAUUUUCGACAAGAAGAGCCUUAUUUUUAAAUUUGCUUAAAGUAUAUCUUGAAAUGGAAAAUAGAGAUGAAAUCGUAGACAUUAUAAUACAUUUAUUAAAUACGCAGGCAGUAUAUCUAGAUAUUAUGGAGGUCCUAUCCCUUCUUCCAAAAUAUUGGUCCGUAGAAAUGCUGAAUGAAUUCUUGAUUCGUUCACUCAGGCAAAGCUAUCAUGAAUACAGGGAAGGACAGAUUCUCAAAGGGUUAUGCCGUGGCGAGAAUACAACGGUGAAUUAUGAGCUAUUUCAAACAUAUAAGGAGAUUGGGCCAUUAGUCAUAACACAGAAUGUGAUUUGUUCAUUAUGUAAAAAGCACAUCAGUGGGGCUGAAUUCAAGAGACUACCGAAUAGUGAUAUCGUACAUGUUCAAUGUGGUGUUCGUGAUGAACAUGACGAAAACGGGAAUAUAACAGAACGCGAAGGUCCCACUGGUGUUGAUACAGUUGAUAGAGCUCCUUCACUGAGUGCUAAUUAA